AUGUCGGCAUUCUCAACGGAAAAACCGCUCUCGGGCUUCCUGGUGGCACCGCGAGUUCCACAAGGUCUGGCUGCAGCAGUGGAGGGUCUGACCCGGGAGGUGAUCCGAAACAAGCCCUCCGACAUCUACGUCUUCGCAGCUCGUCACUUCGAGAAUCUCCUGCAGCUUCGAGAGCAGUACGAGGCCUCGACCCCGCUCACCCGAGACCCCCAAAUCCUCCAGGAGAUGGGCCUAACACACCUGGUGUCCCCAGACCGUAGAAAAACCACGAGCAGAUCUCGCUUGGACUCAGACCGCAGCGGGUCUCCAAGUCGUCGAGAAUCAGGUCCAGAUGACGAGGGGGGAACUGACCCUGGGGAUCGUCCAGAGGAUACUCCAGCCCAGAUGGAAACAAAUUCUCAGGAUCCUGAGAUUUCUCCUCAUACGUAUAUCCUGACGGAGGGCUCCCCCUACGACAUCCCCGAGUCCGUGACAACUGUCAUAAUUCCAGAGCACCUGUCACUCCCUCAGAGGGAUCCCUUCGGGGAAGAGAUUAUUCCCGAGGAGGUGAAGGUCCUGGAGCUUCCCCUGGUGGACGUUCCCCCGAAGAAACCCGAGAUAAUUAUUCCCAAGCAGAAUCUCCAGUGCAUCAACGAAGAGGAGGGCCUGGAGGACGAAGAGGUCGUCGAUGAGACGGGGACGUCAGAUCCACCAACGAGUUUCCUGGACGUCGAGGAGGAGGGGAACGAGAUGAAAUCCUUUGGUCAGGAUGUUUCUGAGGAUUUCCCCAGGGGUGAAUGCGUCUCGAUGUCAUCGACGUCUGCCAAGGAGACGAGCGCCACUGACGGACCCCUCGAGACCCCCAAGGAAUUCCCAGACUCUGGAGAAGACGUAACAAGUGUCUCAGUCAGUGGGGAAUCGUCGAAUGAAGCCAAGGAGACGACUCUCACCGAUGGCACGAGCUUCUCCAUCGAUCCAACGAGACCUUUCGUUCCAGAGUUGAAUCUCGAUUCACUCCAGGACAUCACCGUCUCAUCCUUCAAGAUGACGGAGGACGAGUACGAACCUGGGGAUAAUGAGAAUACUAAUUCAUUCUCGGAGACUUUGACCCCCGAUGAGAGGGUGAGAAGUGCCGGGGGAGGGGUUGAAAACCUCGAGGACGGGGGGGUAGAGGAGGAGUUUGUCCAGGAGUUUGUGGAGGUGGAGCCCCCUUGUGAAAAAAAAGUGGCAGUCGUUCUUGGAGAGGACGAGGAACACCCGGAGAACCGGACUGAUGCGCCUGGAGAUGUGAGAUGUGAUGAGAAGGGCUCGGAGAGCGAUCAGGGCACUGAGAACCUCGAUGAGGAGACACCUCUUGCUGUCUCCAGGUCUGCCAGUCAGUGCACCACCAGGAGGGUCAGCUCGGGGAAUCUAGUCAGGAUGAAGGAGGAUCUUCGUCUUCAGGAGGACGAGGAGGGCAAGGAAGAGGGAGAGAUUGAGGCUGUUGGAGAUGAUGCUGAGGAUGACCGCGAGAGGAUGGAGAGCAAGGAGUAUCAUAUUUACGUUCCGGAGAUGGAUCAGAGUGAGGAGUCCACUACUGAGUCCAGUUUUAAUUCUGCUGCUACGAAAAUUCAAGCAGGUGUGAGGGGCUUCCUGACCCGUCGUAGGCUCCAGCGAAUGCACCACUUGAAUUCUACCCUCAAUGGUGUACCAUCGAUUCAAGACAGCAUUGUGAUCGACGAACGUCCACUGGAGUCUCUGGGAGUUCCAGAGAGAGACCUGGAGGAAGCAGCAACGACAAUCCAGAGUAAUUUCCGUGGUUACAAAGCUCGAAAGCGUCUUCGACGGGAGGACGCCAUGCAGAGAACAACAAUCUCGAUGGAGCGAGCAUUUGGAGAAGAGGGUCUACGUCACACUGGAGAAUUCCAUGACUGCAUCCCUCUCCCACUUCUGGACACUCCCCCAGUGAUUUUCCAGCCGAAAUGGCAGAGUGAAGACGAGAUAUCCCCAACGCAGCAGCAGACACUGGGAAUGAUGUUCCAGAUAGCACCAGGAAUUCCAGGGAUUCCAGUUCUCCAGUUCGGUCUUCCCCCGAAAAUAACGAAACUCGUUGAUCUAGUGGUUCUCGCCAAGGACGAGACAGCAGUCGAGAGUGGAUACCUCAAUUUCAUAACAAGUGUCGAAGAUGCUGACACCCCGGACUUCAGGAAGCGUCCGAGAACCCCUGGAAGUGAUGCCUCUGGAGAAAGUACGAGGGACUUCCUGGAAUUGAGUCCCAGAAAAGGAGUGAUCAUCGAGGAGAUCACGAGUCUUGAAGAGGCGGAGAUUCUCAGGGAAAUUAAAGCUAAAGAGUCUGCAAAGAUCCGAGAGACUCCAGGAACUCCAGAAAUUCCUGGAGUCGAAGCAGGAGCUGAAGUUCCAGCAGUCGCAGAAAAUAAUCCGGAAAAUGGUGGAAUGAAAGAAAUAGAAUCAGAAGCUCCAGAGGAAGAGGCAUCAUUUCCUUUGGAGAAUCCUGGAGCCUCCGGUCAAGUCCUCGAUAUUGCUGGAGCUCUGGAAGCCCCUCUGGCGACUCUCGGCUUUCCCAUGAAAGAGGGAAAGCUUCUGCAUUACGGCUCUGAGGACUCCAUGACCUCCCACGUCAGAAGACCUCUCCUGGAAGUCACACUGACACCUGGUGAUCCCAUGAAAUCCAUGAGUCUCUCUCAAGAGAGUCAACUCGCUGGAGAGAGGAUUGAAUCACCCAUCACCAUGAUGCAGAUUGUUCCAGGCAGGGGUUCCUCUCUCCUUCAGGAUGACUCUGGAGAAAUUCUAGCUGGAGAGGAAAAAAAGGAAAACGAAUUUACCGGGACUCCAGAGACUUCUGAGCUGUCAAAAAAAUCGGAGGGAGAAAGUAAUUAAAAGAUGAGGUGAGGGAUAAAAUAAUUACCAAAGAUUUUCACUGAAAAAUCUCAUGUGCAAUUGAAUUUUCAAUUUCUUUUGAUUCAGAAAAUUAUUCCUCAGAUUUAUCCGGAUUGAUUCAGUAAUUACAAAAAUAAUAAUUGAUGGUAUAACAAUUAAUUAGUGAAAUAAUUCCUGAGAUUGACGUAAAUUCCUCAGAAUAUCCGAGAUGAGUUAAUGACUGAUGCUUGCCAAAAAUUUUUCGCUAAACUAGGCAACUCAUAGAAAGUACCGGCUGAAUAUUUUUGGAUUCGAGCUAGAAAAGACUUGGACAUGUGUAUGAAAUAACUUGUCUAUUAAACAGGUGAUGGUUCAUCGUAUUUUUGGGAGUUUAACAAUCUCUGGGUCCCUGUACCCAGCGAUCUGUUGAUAAUUCGCGAAAAUAUUUCAUUUUCCUCCAGAGAAUAAGAAUCAUAUCCCAGGGGAUGACGUCAGACGUACAUGUUAAAUCCACAAAUCAUUCUUAUCACAUUGUAAAUAAGAAAAGCGUCAUUUCGACGUCAUUGGGUUCCGGAUAUAUUUAGAGCGUCUAGGAGAUUUCGGGUGAUGGAUACGAGAAAUGUGAAAAAAUAAAUAUAUUUGUAAUAAAUAUAUCCAGUAACCAUUUUGUUGUCUUAAAAAAUAAUCGAGAACAAACAGUAUUUGUUGAGGAGUUAUAAGUCAAUCAAAAUUAUAACUCAAUCUACGCGAAUUGUAACAGAAUAAAUUAAUUGAACGAAAGUUGCAAACUGGGGAACCCCAAUAUCUCGGAAUUGAAGGGAGAUAAUGAUA